CACACUAUUCUAAACACAUUAUUGCUUUAUUCAAGCUCAAUAAUAUCAGCUUCACAGUGACUUAUGUAGUUUAGGUAACUAUGUACAUACAACGACGACAUUGCGGCGGCUUAGUCAUCACGACGACCAUUGAUUGGUGGCUUUGCGGGGAGAAAAUGGAAAUCCGCAAGAAAGAAAUAAUAACUACAGCCGACUGUCGCGACAUCGAAUUCUCCAUGCGCGCCUCUGUCCUGCUGGAUUUGACAAGAGUCGGUCGACCUCUGGAACCCUUACAUUCUACUAUUCGUGCUCUCUCCCGACGUCCUUCACGUUCUGCAUUUUGUCACCCUUCGAUUCAUCAGCGCAGGUACCUACGAAACCUGACCCUGACCCCGUCGCAAGCCGGACUCCGCUUCGUUCGUAAACCAAUAUGGCCGGAGGCGGAGACGGAGGAGGUGGAAGCGGUAAGAAGAGAGAUCUGGGAAGGGCAGAGUGGAGUCGGCAACCAUUAGAUAAAAGAGAACGGAAUGAACAGCAGCAGGAAGCGAAACGACGAAAGCUUGAGGCUGGAGAAGAACUCCAGACUCCGAUCUACGCGACUCAUUUCUCGCAGGAGGAGAUCGCCGCGGAGGAUAGACGCCCCAAGAAGAAGGUUGCGGUUUUGAUGGGAUAUUCCGGCACAGGAUACCAUGGCAUGCAAUUGAGUGAUAAGGAGAAGACAAUCGAGGGGGAGCUCUUCCCAGCAUUUGUCGCAGCCGGCGCAAUCUCCAAGGCAAAUGCGGCAGACCCUAAGAAAUCGUCGCUCGUCCGCUGUGCCCGCACAGACAAGGGUGUGCAUGCGGCUGGCAAUAUCGUUUCUUUGAAGUUGAUCAUCGAAGACCCAGACAUCGUUCAGAAAAUCAAUGAGAAACUGAGCCCCCAGAUUCGUAUUUGGGGUAUCCAGCCGACCAACAAGAGCUUCAGCUGCUACCAGAUGUGUGAUUCCCGUAUAUACGAGUACCUGAUCCCGACACACUGCUUCCUACCGCCUCAUCCGAGCACAUACCUUGGCAAGAAGCUCACGGAGAUUGCGGAGAAAACAGGCGAUCUCGAGGGAUUGAGAACAAGACAAGAAGAAGUUUCUGGUUUCUGGGACGAAGUUGACGAGAAGCAUAUCAAACCUAUUCUAGUGAGCCUUCCGGAAGAUAUCCGGAAACUGGUAGGAAAAUCGCUCUAUCUAGAAGAACAGGAGAACGCAUCUCCCGAUGCCGAUGUACCAGCGCCUGAGAGCAAGGGACCAGAGGCUCAGCCCACCGAGACGAAAGCAGAGGAACAGGCAACAGAGAACAAGCCCGCGGACGAAGGAAAAGAUACUUCCUCAAAGUCCGGCCGAGGACUUUCCGAGGAGGAAAUGGCACAGAAACAACUCGUCAACUCCGCCAUCAAAUCCAUCAAGUCAGCCUACCUCACCGCAAAACGCGCUUAUCGUAUCCCUAAAAAACGUCUUGAGCGCCUCCAAGAGGCUCUAGAUCGAUAUGUCGGUACCAAAAACUUCUACAACUACACCAUCCAGAAGACCUUCCGCGACCCUUCCGCCAAGCGCCACAUCAAAUCGUUCAACGUGAACCAGGAACCUAUAAUCAUCAACGGCACCGAAUGGGUCAGUCUCAAGGUCCACGGCCAAAGCUUCAUGAUGCACCAGAUCCGGAAAAUGGUUGCGAUGGCAGCACUCGUCGUCCGAUGCGGCUGUGACCCUGAGCGUAUUGUCGACACUUACGGCCCCACGAAGAUCGCCAUCCCCAAGGCUCCUGGACUCGGCCUAUUACUUGAACGCCCCAUCUUCGAUUCAUACAAUAAGAGAGUCACGGAUUUUGGCAAAGACCCGAUCGACUUCAGCAAGUACGAGAAGGAGAUCAACGAGUUCAAGCAGAGAGAGAUCUACGAGCGCAUCUUCCGCGAGGAAGAGGAGAAGAAUAGCUUCGGGGCGUUCUUCAACCACAUCGACCAUUUCCCCGAGGACAAUUUCCUCUACGUCACCUCUGGUGGACUCGCCGCAGCGAAGCCAGCUGAUCAGCCAAAGGGAGACGAUAGCGGAGACUCGAAAGAACAGAAGCGUGGGAAGAGUGCCAGACAAGCCCUAGCAGAUGUCGAGGGUGAAUCAGAACCCGAGGGCAACAUCGGUAAUGGUGAAGAAGGUGGUUGAUGGAAUGCUCUUGGAUCAAGAACGCAUUUUUGGACGCGACGCGGUUCCCCAGGUCCCGCGCGAAAUUUUAUGUCAUGCCCUUUUGUGGACGAGGUCUUACAUCUCUCCUUAAAAGGCAAAAUUGAACGCUCUAGCAGCAGGAAAAUUCGAACUGUAAAAAGUAGCUACUGUCUACAAUAGUCGACUGCAACAGCAUGUU